AUGGGAGCGGCUCUCUUGUCGGACCACGCGGCGGAGGUGCUGAUUCCGGCGGCCGCGGCGGUGGGGAUCACCUUCGCGCUUGUUCAGUGGUUGCUGGUCUCCCUGGUGAAGCUGUCCCCCGCCGACGACCGCCCCUCCACCUCAUCCUCUUCCUCGUCCUGCGGCGGCGAGAACGGGCAACCCGACUACCUCGUCUUGGAGGAAGAAGAAGGCCUCGACGAUCGCGCCGUCGUCCUCAAGUGCGCCGAGAUCCAGAGCGCCAUCUCCGAAGGUCACUCCCAUCCCUCAGGCUCAUCUUCCUCUUCCAACGUAAAAUGACAAGGCCAUUCCUUCCGAUGUCUCCCGGCAGAUCUAUCCUCCUUCCAGGUCUUCUUCUAGCCUAGGGUUUCGUUAUCCUUCUCGCUGGUCUUUUGCUAGUCUAGGGUUUCGUUAUCCUUCUCGCUGGUCUUCUGCUAGUCUAGGGUUUCUGUCCAGCCGAUUUAAUCUGAUCUGUUCCUGCGGAGGAUUGAUUGCAGGGGCGACCUCAUUUCUCUUCACGGAGUACCAGUACGUGGGGGUGUUCAUGGUCGCUUUCGCCGUCCUGGUCUUCCUCUUCCUCGGCUCUGUGGAGGGGUUCAGCACGGAGGACCAGCCCUGCACCUACAGCAAGGACAAGGUCUGCAAGCCCGCCGUCGCCAACGCCCUCUUCAGCACCAUAGCCUUCCUCCUCGGAGCCACCACCUCUCUGGUCUCUGGCUUCCUGGGGAUGAAGAUCGCCACCUACGCCAAUGCCAGAACCACGCUCGAGGCGAGGAAGGGCGUUGGAAAGGCCUUCAUCGCCGCCUUCCGGUCAGGUGCUGUGAUGGGUUUCUUGCUGGCGGCGAACGGGCUGCUGGUCCUCUACGCCGCCAUCAAUCUCUUCAAGCUUUACUACGGAGACGACUGGGAGGGCCUCUUUGAGGCAAUCACCGGCUACGGCCUCGGCGGCUCGUCCAUGGCCCUCUUCGGGAGAGUUGGCGGCGGCAUCUACACCAAAGCUGCUGAUGUCGGGGCCGAUCUCGUCGGCAAAGUCGAGCGGAACAUCCCCGAAGAUGAUCCGAGAAAUCCGGCGGUGAGACUCUCAUCCCCUGCAUAGUUAUCUAGCAAUCCAAUGAAGCAAACACCCUCAAGACCCAUUAUACUGAUCACAUUAGCAUCCACAUAGCCUUCACUGACCUGCUUCAUCCAUUUGGAGGGCUAAUUGCUGCUGGAAUUGCUCUGUUUUUUUUUCGUGCUGUGCUCUUCUCUUCUCAGGUGAUCGCUGACAAUGUGGGCGAUAACGUUGGGGAUAUUGCCGGGAUGGGUUCCGAUCUCUUUGGCUCAUAUGCAGAGUCAUCUUGUGGGGCACUUGUUGUCGCCUCCAUCUCCUCAUUUGGAAUCAAUCAUGAACUUGCUGCGAUGCUCUAUCCCCUGCUCGUUAGCUCCAUGGGCAUCAUUAUAUGCCUGAUCACCACCCUCUUCGCGACAGACUUCUUUGAGAUCAAGUCCGCCAAAGACAUUGAGCCCGCGCUGAAGCGGCAGCUCACCAUCUCCACCUCUCUCAUGACCGUCGGCAUCGCGAUUGUCAGCUGGAUUGCCCUGCCGCCGACCUUCACCAUCUUCAACUUUGGGGAACAGAAGAUGGUGACCAACUGGUAUGCAUCUCUGCUGUGGCCCUCUCCUGAUGACCAGACGGUCUCCUUGACGCCAUCCAAUUGAUCACGAAUCGUCGACUGUUUGGCGGGGGGCUGUUCUUCUGUGUCACCGUGGGCUUGUGGGCUGGUCUCGCCAUUGGGUUUGUGACUGAAUACUACACCAGCAAUGCAUACAGGUACUCGCAGAUCUAUCUCCUUUCUGAUUAGUAGAGGCCCAGAUGGGGUGCUGUGCUCAUCUUCUCACAAGCAGUUGUCUUGCGGAGGUUGGUGUAGCCCCGUGCAAGAUGUUGCCGACUCCUGCAGAACAGGGGCCGCCACGAAUGUCAUCUUCGGCCUUGCGCUCGGCUACAAUUCAGUCGUUGUCCCAAUCUUUGCAAUCGCCAUCAGCAUCUUCAUCAGCUUCAGCCUCGCAGCCAUGUACGGCAUUGCAGUGUCUGCACUUGGGAUGCUGAGCACGAUUGCCACAGGGCUGGCGAUUGAUGCAUAUGGGCCGAUCAGUGACAAUGCCGGAGGCAUUGCUGAGAUGGCCGGCAUGAACCAUCAGGUUCGGGAGAGGACUGACGCUCUCGAUGCUGCUGGCAACACCACUGCUGCUAUCGGGAAGGUAAUUAUCCCUUCAAAUCAUAGUCCAUACUGAUUUUCACUGAGGAUGAUUAUAAAGAUCGUGCUCCACCUGCAACUGUAUGCAGGGAUUUGCGAUCGGCUCUGCUGCUCUGGUCUCUCUGGCACUCUUUGGGGCAUUUGUGAGCCGGGCGGGCAUCUUGACUGUGGACGUCCUCACACCAAAGGUCUUCACUGGGUUGAUUGUGUGGGCGAUGCUUCCCUACUGGUUCUCUGCCAUGACCAUGAAGAGUGUGGGCAGUGCAGCACUGAAGAUGGUGGAGGAGGUCCGCCGGCAGUUCAACACAAUCACCGGCCUGAUGGAGGGCACGGCCAAGCCCGACUAUGCCACCUGCGUCAAGAUCUCCACCGAUGCCUCCAUUCGAGAGAUGAUCCCCCCAGGGGCCCUCGUCAUGCUCACGCCGCUCAUUGCCGGCACCAUCUUUGGUGUGGAAACCCUUGCCGGUCUUCUUGCUGGGGCACUUGUCUCAGGGGUUCAGGUGAUCGAACACCCUCUCCAAAAAUAGAAGCUUUUUUAAACCCAUGUAUCAACUGUUUAUCUAUCUUUUCCUUGCUGAUAAUAACCCCAAUGAAUGCUCUAUCAGAUUGCUAUCUCUGCAUCGAACACCGGCGGGGCCUGGGACAAUGCCAAGAAGUACAUAGAGGUCGUUCAUCUCAGCUCUCCUCCUUUGUUUUCCAUGUAACCAAAGAAUAGGUUCUUACUGUCAUUUCAAGCUGUCUAAAUUCAGGCUGGGGCUUCAGAGCAUGCCCGAUCACUGGGGCCGAAGGGUUCUGACUCUCACAAUGCGGCGGUGAUCGGUGACACCAUCGGGGACCCGCUCAAGGACACAUCUGGGCCGUCGCUCAACAUCCUCAUCAAGCUCAUGGCCGUUGAGUCCCUUGUCUUUGCACCCUUCUUUGCCAAGCACGGAGGCCUCCUCUUCAAGAUAUUCUGA